UUAGUAUUCAACUGCAUACAGAAUUACAGAAUCCUCUACGUUUGUUCUGUUUCGUUACAUUCAAAAAUGUUUCGUUACAAUACUUUGAAUCGUGACGAGGUGAAACGCUUCGAGGCACCUUUGACUAAAAACUACAUAGAGAUACAUCUGGAAGACACCUCAAUAAAUCCUUCAGGAGAUCCAUCAUGGAAGCCGAUUCCCUGUGUUAUGACGUCCAGAUAUCGCAUUUUUGCGGAAUACAUUCGUGAUCUGACGGUUUAUGAGGACGACGUGUGGAUAAUAACCUUCCCUAAGGCGGGCACUACGUGGACUCAAGAAAUGGUUUGGCUAAUUCAUCAGAAUCUGGACUACGAAAGGGCUGCCGCCGUCAACCUGAACGAUCGAUCCGUCUUUAUGGAAUUAUCUGCAUUCGUCAACGAUGCGAACUUCCCGGACACUCUUGGUAAGGUCGAACAGAUGCCUCGACCACGCCACAUCAAAAGUCAUCUACCACUAGCGCUGCUUCCCAAGCAGCUUUGGACGGUUAAACCGAAAAUUGUCUACACCGCAAGGAACCCCAAAGAUGUCACCACAUCGUACAUGCAUCAUUAUAAACAUUUGCAUGGAUUCCAAGGACCACGGGAAGAUUUCCUGGAUGGAAUUCUCGCGGACCAACUUCUCUUCUGCCCUCAAAUCAAACACGCCACCGAGUUCUGGACCAUAUCUCAUCGCCCUAAUGUGUUGAUCCUCCACUACGAAGACAUGAAAAGAAACAUGCCGGAAGUUCUCCGGAAAGUGAGUUUCUUUUUUGGGAAACACUACACUCCCAGUCAGCUGGCGCAAUUGGAACAUCACUUGAAGUUCGAUACAAUGAAAGACAACGAUUCUGCCAACAAUCGGUUACUGUUGGCGGGAAUUGCGAUGGCUACCGGUGUGCAGAGCGAUUUCAGAUUCAUGCGAAAGGGGCAAGUGGGCAGCUACAAGGAUGAACUGCCAGCGGAGUUUGUCGAUAAAUUGGAUGCUUUUGUCGAACAGCAACUGAACGGAUCGAAUUUUAAAUACAGAGAUUGAAAUAUUGACGUUCAAAAUGUUAUAAAUUCUAUGAAAUUCUAAGGGUUAUGAAAAAAAAGUUAUACAAAUAUUACUCACGACGAACAAAUUACAAAUAUGUAAAGAGGAGGCAAUGAUGGAAUACUUGUAGGGCGAUUUUUGUCCUAACACAAUUUAACGAUGUACGGCAUAGAUUAGAUAACCAAGAGCAACCAACAGAUCCACGAUGUUGUUAUCAUCCAAUCAACGGCAACCUCUUUUUUGUUAUUUCAUUGCCAGAAGAAUAGACUGCCAUAAUAUUCGUUAUGUAGUCACGGAUAGCCUUGUAAUAAAUAUGAAAAGUGUAUGUAUUAAACA